CGGGCAUCGACACCGGCAUCGGCACCGCACCAAGCGGCUCGGCCUCAUGCCGGCGCCGCCUGCCCACGGCUGAGCGCUGCGCCCCGCAGAGCCGAGCCGAAACGGGCACGGGCACGGGCACGGGCACGGGCACGGGCACGGGCACGGGCAUAAGCACAGGACAGCCACUGCUCCCUGCUAGCAGGACCCACCUCCAGCUGGCACGAUGGCAGGAGCAUCUGUGAAGGUGGCGGUGCGCGUCCGGCCAUUCAACUCCCGGGAGAUGAGCCGGGAAUCUAAAUGCAUUAUCCAGAUGUCAGGAAGCACCACCACUAUCCUGAACCCGAAGCAGCCCAAAGAGACACCAAAAAGCUUCAGCUUUGACUAUUCCUAUUGGUCCCACACUACGCCUGCAGAUAUCAACUAUGCAUCUCAGAAGCAAGUGUACCGGGACAUUGGUGAGGAGAUGUUGCAACAUGCGUUUGAAGGCUAUAAUGUCUGCAUCUUUGCCUAUGGGCAGACGGGUGCUGGAAAAUCCUACACCAUGAUGGGGAAGCAGGAGAAGGACCAGCAAGGCAUCAUCCCUCAGCUGUGUGAGGACCUCUUCUCCCGCAUCAACGACACGACAAAUGACAACAUGUCCUACUCAGUGGAGGUGAGCUACAUGGAGAUAUACUGUGAGCGUGUGAGGGACCUCCUGAACCCCAAGAACAAGGGGAACCUGCGAGUAAGGGAGCAUCCCCUCAUGGGCCCAUAUGUUGAAGACCUUUCCAAGCUGGCUGUGACCUCCUACAACGAUAUCCAGGACCUGAUGGACUCUGGGAACAAGGCCCGCACGGUGGCUGCCACCAACAUGAACGAGACCAGCAGCCGCUCCCAUGCCGUGUUCAACAUCAUCUUCACGCAGAAGCGGCAUGAUGCCGAGACAGACAUCACCACUGAGAAGGUCAGCAAAAUCAGCCUGGUAGACCUGGCAGGAAGUGAGCGAGCUGACUCCACUGGUGCGAAGGGCACAAGACUAAAGGAAGGAGCAAACAUCAACAAGUCCUUGACCACACUGGGGAAAGUCAUCUCUGCCCUAGCCGAAAUGGAUUCAGGGCCGAACAAGAACAAAAAGAAGAAGAAGACAGAUUUCAUCCCUUACCGGGACUCAGUGCUGACCUGGCUACUGCGAGAGAACCUGGGGGGCAACUCCAGGACAGCCAUGGUCGCUGCUCUCAGUCCUGCUGACAUCAACUACGAUGAGACCCUCAGCACUCUCAGGUACGCUGACCGUGCAAAGCAGAUCCGCUGCAAUGCUGUCAUUAAUGAGGACCCCAACAACAAGCUCAUCCGGGAGCUGAAGGAUGAGGUGGCACGCCUGCGUGACCUUCUCUACGCCCAGGGCCUUGGGGACAUCAUUGACACCCAUCCUGCUGCAGGAGGAUCCAAAUAUGUGUCCGACUUUGAGAACAAUAAUGAUGCUAGAGGGACAGAGCUGAGUCACCGCCAUGACAAUCUCUCCACAGUGACCAAUGCCAUCGCUGGGAUCAGCCCCUCUUCAUCCCUGUCAGCCUUGUCCAGCCGUGCAGCCUCUGUCGCCAGCCUCCAUGAACGCAUCAUGUUUGCUCCAGGCAGCGAAGAGGCAAUCGAAAGGCUCAAGGAAACAGAGAAGAUUAUUGCAGAGCUGAAUGAGACAUGGGAGGAGAAGCUGCGUAGGACAGAAGCAAUCCGGAUGGAAAGGGAAGCGUUGCUUGCCGAAAUGGGGGUGGCCAUGAGGGAGGAUGGAGGCACCUUGGGUGUUUUCUCUCCUAAGAAGACACCCCACUUGGUCAACCUGAAUGAGGACCCGCUAAUGUCUGAGUGUCUUCUCUACUACAUCAAGGAUGGGAUAACAAGGGUUGGCCGGGAAGAUGCCGAGAAGAGGCAGGACAUCGUUCUCAGUGGGCACUUCAUUAAGGAAGAGCACUGCCUUUUCCGCAGUGACAACAAAACCGGUGGUGAAGUAAUAGUGACCCUGGAGCCCUGUGAAGGUGCUGACACUUACGUGAAUGGCAAAAAGGUGACGGAGCCCAGCAUCCUGCGCUCAGGAAACCGCAUCAUCAUGGGGAAGAGCCAUGUCUUCCGCUUCAACCACCCCGAGCAGGCUCGGCAGGAGCGGGAGCGGACCCCGUGUGCCGAGACCCCAGCUGAGCCUGUAGACUGGGCUUUUGCCCAAAGAGAGCUGCUGGAGAAGCAGGGCAUCGACAUGAAGCAGGAGAUGGAGCAGAGGCUCCAAGAACUGGAGGACCAGUACCGGAGGGAGCGGGAGGAGGCAAACUAUCUUCUUGAGCAGCAAAGGCUGGACUAUGAGAGCAAAUUGGAGGCUUUGCAGAAGCAGAUGGACUCUAGGUAUUACCCUGAGGCAAAUGAGGAAGAAGAAGAACCUGAGGAUGAAGUGCAGUGGACGGAGCGGGAGUUUGAGCUGGCCCUCUGGGCCUUUAGGAAGUGGAAGUGGUACCAAUUCACCUCCCUCCGUGACCUGCUCUGGGGCAAUGCCAUCUUCCUCAAGGAAGCCAAUGCCAUCAGUGUGGAGCUGAAGAAGAAGGUCCAGUUCCAGUUUGUUCUCCUCACGGACACGCUGUACUCACCUCUCCCUCCUGACCUGCUGCCUCCUGAUGCUGCCAAAGACCGGGAGAAGCGGCCAUUCCCCCGGACCAUCGUGGCUGUAGAGGUGCAGGACCAGAAGAACGGGGCAACGCAUUACUGGACCCUGGAGAAGCUGAGGCAACGCCUGGACCUGAUGCGUGAAAUGUAUGACCGUGCAGCAGAAGUGCCUUCCAGUGUCAUUGACGACUGUGACAACGUGGUGACCGGCGGAGAUCCUUUCUAUGACCGCUUUCCCUGGUUCAGGCUGGUGGGCAGUUCAGAUAUCUCUGGCUGCAACAGCUCUCCUCUUUUCAACACAUGCAUGAGCGAGCGCAUGGCUGAUCUCACCCCCUCCCCUACCUUCUCGAACCCCGACUCCGACAUCACCGAGCCUGCUGACGAGCAGCACCAGGGGCAGGAGGAGGAGGAGGAGGAGGCGGAGGACCUGGAGGAAGACAUCUUUCCGGAGUGCCCACUGUGUGAUGGCCGGGAUCCGUUUUACGACCGCUCCCCCCUGUUCAGUUUAGUAGGAAGGGCCUUCGUCUACCUGAGCAACCUCCUCUACCCUGUGCCCCUGGUCCACCGCGUGGCCAUCGUCAGUGAGAAGGGCGAGGUGAAGGGCUUCCUGCGUGUGGCAGUCCAGGCCAUCUCAGCGGAUGAGGAAGCCCCUGACUAUGGCUCUGGCGUGCGGCAGUCGGGGACGGCCAAGAUAUCCUUCGAUGACCAGCACUUUGAGAAGUUCCAGUCAGAGUCAUGCCCAGCUGUGGGGAUGUCUCGCUCGGGGACCUCCCAGGAGGAGCUGCGCAUUGUCGAAGGCCAGGGGCAGGUCAGCGACGUGGGUCCCUCUGCUGAUGAGGUCAACAACAAUACCUGCACAGUGACACCAGAGGACCUUCUCUUGGACAGCCCAGAGAAGUCUGUGUCAGAAGGGCCACUGGAGACGGCUCUGGACCACUUGAAGCUGGGCAGCAUGUUCACAUUCCGUGUGACAGUCUUGCAAGCCUCCAGCAUCUCUGCAGAAUACGCAGACAUCUUCUGCCAGUUCAACUUCAUCCAUCGCCAUGACGAGGCCUUUUCAACAGAGCCCUUGAAGAACACAGGACGGGGGCCGCCACUGGGCUUCUAUCACGUCCAAAAUAUUGCUGUGGAGGUGACCAAAUCCUUCAUUGAAUACAUCAAGAGCCAGCCUAUUGUAUUUGAAGUCUUUGGGCACUACCAGCAGCAUCCCUUCCCACCCCUCUGCAAGGAUGUCCUGAGCAGCCCACUGAGGCCAUCCCGGCGCCACUUGCCCCGUGUGAUGCCACUCUCCAAACCAGUGCCUGCAACGAAACUGAGCACCAUGACUCGGCCCAGCCCUGGCCCAUGCCAGUGCAAGUAUGACCUGAUGGUCUUCUUUGAGAUCUGUGAGCUGGAAGCCAAUGGCGACUACAUCCCUGCUGUUGUGGACCACCGUGGAGGCAUGCCAUGCCAUGGAACCUUCCUCCUCCACCAGGGCAUCCAGAGGAGGAUCACUGUCACCUUGGUGCAUGAAACAGGCAGCCUCAUCCGCUGGAAGGAAGUGCGGGAGCUGGUUGUAGGUCGGAUCCGGAACACCCCAGAAGCAGAUGAGUCUCUCAUCGACCCCAACAUCCUGUCCCUGAACAUCCUCUCCUCUGGGUACAUCCACCCCUCCCAGGAUGACCGGCAGUUUCUUGAUUCGGAUAUGCCUAGCAUUUCGUUCGGAAAUGACACUAGGACUUUCUACCAGUUUGAGGCAGCAUGGGAUAGCUCCAUGCACAACUCGCUGCUGCUCAACCGUGUCACCCCGUACAGGGAGAAAAUCUACAUCACCCUGUCUGCCUACAUUGAGAUGGAGAACUGCACUCAGCCUGCCGUCAUCACCAAAGACUUCUGCAUGGUUUUCUACUCCCGGGAUGCCAAGCUUCCUGCCUCCCGCUCCAUCCGCAACCUUUUUGGCAGUGGCAGCCUACGGGCUUCUGAGAGCAACCGUGUGACCGGAGUCUACGAGCUCAGCCUCUGCCGAGUGGCAGAUGCCGGCAGCCCAGGCAUGCAGAGACGUCGCCGGCGUGUGCUAGACACCUCUGUAGCCUAUGUGCGGGGAGAGGAGAACCUGGCUGGCUGGCGGCCCCGCAGUGACAGCCUCAUCCUUGACCAUCAAUGGGAGCUGGAGAAACUCAGCCUCCUGCAAGAAGUGGAGAAGACGAGGCACUACCUGCUCCUGCGUGAGAAGCUGGAGACAACCCAGCGCUUGGGCCUGGAGACCCUGUCCACUUGCUCCAGUGAGGACUCUGAGUCCCGAAGCACCUCCUGCGUCUCCUCCCCGCUCUCUGUCGAUGGGGCUGCUGAGAACCGCACCUCACCUCCUGAGAGCCCCAGCGAGAGGCAGAAGGAACUGGCUGUGAAGUGCUUGCGCCUGCUCACACAUACCUUCAACAGGGAGUACAGCCACAGCCAUGUCUGCAUUAGCGCCAGUGAGAGCAAGCUGUCUGAAAUGUCUGUGACCCUGAUGAGAGACCCAUCCAUGCCAGUUCUUGGGGUCACCACUCUUACCCCCUCUUCAACCUGCCCAUCACUGGUGGAAGGACGCUACAAUGCCAUCGACGUCAGACCCCCCCAAGUCUCUUCCAGAGCAGAGAGCCCUGACCUGGAGCCCGCAGUAGAAGGAGAGCAGAAGAAGUCCCCAGGCCACCGGCCUGAGGAGGAGAAGGAGCCCCAGCGUUUGCUGGUGCCUGACAUCCAGGAGAUCCGGGUCAGCCCCAUCGUCUCCAAAAAGGGCUACUUGCACUUCCUGGAGCCUCACACCAAUGGGUGGGUGAAGCGCUUCGUGGUGGUCCGGCGCCCAUAUGUCUACAUCUACAACUCAGACAAAGACAUGGUCGAGAGGGCCAUACUCAAUCUCUCCAAGGCCCAGGUGGAGUACAGUGAGGACCAGCAGGCCAUGCUCAAGACCCCGAACACGUUUGCAGUGUGCACAGAGCAUCGUGGCAUCCUGCUGCAGGCGAGCAGUGACAAGGACAUGCACGACUGGCUCUACGCCUUCAAUCCCCUCCUGGCUGGGUCCAUAAGGUCCAAGCUUUCCAGAAGGAGAACAGCCCAGAUGAGAAUCUAACCUGAAAAAUACCCUUCACCUCAUCCGUCUGCCAACAGGAUCAAGAUAGCUGAUUCUGUCUCAAGACUCCCCAUGUUAACGUCUGAUCUCUCACACCAUCUGCUGCCCCAGCUGCCUGCUCCAUGGAAGGAUCUGUCUCGAUUCACACCUUCGCGGAGGAAACUCACUUCCGUUCGUAGCUGCAAAAGCCUCGACCUGCCUGGGCAGGAUCUCUUGUGCACGUGCCAUCUUCUGCCCAUUCCCUCAUGGGUGACCUUCAUGUCACACCAUCUGUAAUGCUCCAGAAAGGUCCCUGUCAGAGGGGAGGGAGCGAGGAGGGCAGUUUUGGCUAAUAGCUGGUCUUUGAUCUACAGGGGUGGGAGUGUGGUAAAGCUUGGAGGUGGGAGAGCAGGAGGAAUUGCCUCCACAUGAAGGGAAAGGGGUAGUGUAAGUACGAGGAUUUCCUAGUUUAUUGAUGUUUCUGCAAGAGACAGCAGAGUAAGAUCAGGUGUCAGUAGUUUAAGAUGAUAUUUAUAAAGUAUUUAUUUACAUCACAAAAAUCCUGUAAGAUGGGUCCUGGCCCCUGGACAAUGCCUCCCCCAGGCAAGGGAGAGCCUUGGCAGUGGGCUGGGGCCCCAGAGAUGCCUCUCCUGGGACAUCCCUGGCAUGUGCCCGGCAGCAGCAGAGCUCUUGCCCUCGCUUCCUGCCCUUCCCCAACCCUCUGCUUUGCACCCCACUGCAGCUUAAACUACUUCUCCCCUAAGUGGUGGCUGGACAGCCUACCAUGUCUUCCCAAAGGAGGCAAUUCCUACCUGCCCCAUCUACCUCUGGAAAGGAGGAGCCCACCAUCUUGGUGGGCUGGAGAAUUCCACAUCCAUGUGGACACGUCACCUCACUUUGGAGCUUGGUCCUGCUGGAGGGAAAAGGAGGGUUCUGGGGAUGGCUCUGCCUGUGUGAGCUGUCCUGCCCAAAAGCAUGUGGGCCACCUCCAUUGUCUCAGCCUAGGAGCCCCUGGGGGCUUGUCCAAAGGGAUUCCUCCCCUCUUAGGACAGGACACCAAGGGUCCCAUCCCUGCAGGGAGUGUGGAGGUGCAGGUGGCUGCUUCCAACACUGGAUGGAAAAGUUCCCCAAGAGCUGAGGCUAGAAAUGGCUAUUCCAAUCCACAGGACCCUCUUUAGCCUUGCCCAAGAGGGCUGUCACAUCCCUUCUCCUCCCAGCAGGACAACACGCUCAAAGCAAGUCAGAGGGGCAGGGAGAGGCUGGGGUGGGGGUGUUGAGGUGGGGAUGGGGCUUCUUUUUACUGUUGUAUUUGGUGUUUUCUCACUCCUCUUUCCCUGCUGCAGAAGCGAGUGCUCACCUCCUUCCCACCCUGCCUUCAUCGGCACGUUAAUCCAGGGGGCUUCCCACGGCAGAGGUGGCUUUGCCGAAAGGACCUUCUCCUCCAGCCAUAACUUGCUUCCACCUUCCCCAGCAGCAGCUCUCCCUCUCCUCCAUCUUCCAUCUCUCAUCCAUUGUGAGGGGGGUAGGAUGCUUUCAGCUGGGGCUUCCCAAGCGGUCAGCUGGAUCCAGCACAGCUUCCGUCGGGAAGGCGAGCAUCUUCCUUCAUGUAUCCCCCGGGCACCCCCCUAGCUUCGCUGUCACGCCUCGGUGGCUUACCUUUCCUUGCACAGCACGGCUGCGCCUUGGCUCUGCCACACCUCCCUGCACUGUCUGUGUGUGUGUGUGCGCGUGUGUGUGUGUGGGACUUGGUGCUGUCUUCUUGUUACGCUCAUGUUGUUGGGGGGCACGGACAGGAAGGGACAUGGCAGAUGGGCAGAGGCUUGCAGGGACCCCCUCGCUGCACAUCAGAGGCCUUUCAGUUUGAGUUUCAGGUGAUGGAAAAGGGUUUUGGGAUCCUGAGCCCCUGCAGGUUUUGCCCAGCCUUGCUGCAGCUCCUUGGGCAUCUCAUCCCAUUGCUCUGGCCUGGAGCUGUGGCAGGGCUGCUUUUCCCACCCCUGCAUCCCAGGCAGGUGGCAAAUUGUCCGCCCCAUCAAACUGGGUUAUUCCCCGUCCCGUGAUCUAGAAGCCAACUUGUGCCCUUUAUAGAGGGAUAGGUUCUCACUCGGGGGUCAUGGAGGGGCAGAGCUGCGGCUGGGGUGGAGGAGGGUUCUGGGCUGUGACGUCCCAGCAAAGACUAGUUGGUGCCAUGCCAUAUUUCAGCGUAAGGGGCUAGGGAACACUGGGUGCCCCAGGGGAGAGGGGAGGCUCUACCAGGGCGGAGGCAGCUUCUGGUGGAGACAGGAAUCUGCGUCUGCCAGCGACCAGACACAGGUUCCUCAGCCAGGGCUGGGCAGCGCUGCCCGUGCUGCAGGCGAAGGGCGGCUGCGGGGCGGGCACAUCCUCCAGCCGGAGCUGAAGCCGAAGCUUUGCCUGAGGCCAGCAAACCUGCAGAGCAGACAGCUCGGCUGAGGGACACGGCGCUGAGGGAGACCCGGCUGGCAGCAUCCCUGCGGGAUGUCCCCGGCUUUGCAGGCUACUUUUGCCAUCUUCCUGGCCCCGCUCUCGCCAGCACAACGCACUCUCCCCGUUAUACCUCCCAUCCCCUCCUUCACCGCAGCCCCCCCCGGGAUGAGGAACGCAAACCUUGAUGUAUAGGCACGACUGUGAGCCCCAUCCGAAGGGAAAUCUCACAGGGGACAGUGGCAUGGAGGGUGGGCGAGCACCAGCGGGCGGGGCGGGACCUCCUGAGGGGCGUCUGCCCCCUGUACCCUCUUGUCCCGGCCCUCCCUCUCCGUGCUCGGGGCUGGAGCCUCGGGUCCCGGCCGUCCGUGCACGCGUGAGGCUUGUUCGGUUCUGAAAUAAAUGUGGCAUUUAACGCAGAA